AUGACAGCAACAUCUGUAGAUAUGGAAAAACCCGAGGAAGCGAUAGAAUUGAUUCCAAGAAAUGGUCCAAUCCCUCCAGUUGACCAACCUCCAAGUCAUCCGGAUAUCACGUCAGACUUCUGUCAGGAUCGAACAAAAAGUUCCGUUAAUGAGAUGACAGGGACGAAGAAGUUUGUGUUCGAUUACUCCGGCACCGCCUUCAAAAAUGGCGUCUUCGAAGGGAAAAGUUCUUGGAAAGUUCUCGAAGAGCUUCUCACCGCGAAGAAGAUGAACGUGAUCCGUACUCCGUUCAUUCUCAACUAUGUUAACCAGAAACUGGUUGAUUGUGCCUGGUUUUAUGCUCUUCACGUUUUUGCCGCCCUGAUCAUCUUCAUCUUUCUCUCCUUCUACAUCGUCUCCCGUCAGUUUUGGAACAAAAUCCUUCUGCUAACUGUUGUAUGGAUUUGUACUUUGUUUUUGAUAUUCAAAGGAUGCAUGAAAGCGUUUAUUGGAAAACGUGAAACACUUUCCUUUGUUAUCUCCUACAUUGUCAAUAUCUGCACUCAUGUUUGUACUAUUGUGUUUCUCUACGCUAAUACCUAUUACUCUUAUGAUAAUCAGAAUACAGCUUGGAAAAAAUUCGUGUUGUGGUUUUUGCCAAUUAUUGCCAUUAUGUCGGCCUGGUUGAAUCUGAUGUAUGUUUUCCGGAAGUCACCAUUUGGAAUUUAUGUGCUCAUGAUGCAGAGGAUUUUCAAAAGUUUUGCAGAUAUUGCCGUCAUCUGGAUCCCCACCCUCAUCACAUUCUCCUUCGCUUUCCUCCUAGUGAUGGAAGGCUCCACAACCCCCUGGCUAUCACUUAACCAAAAAAUCAAUAACGGCACCGUGGAGGCUUCACACCUAGAAAGUGUUUUUGCCGUAUUCCAAGCAAUAGUGAAAACGUCGAGUAUGAUGUUAGGAGAAGUGGAUGCAAAUGAUAUUCUGGACACUAAAAAAUGGAUUGCCUCGACUCUGGUACUAAUCUUCGAGGUGUUCACUAUAAUUAUUCUUAUGAAUCUGAUGUUGUCACUUGCUGUGGACGAUGUGAAGGAGUUGAGGCAAGAGGCGGAAGGAGAGAUUCUCAAGAUCAAAAUCAAGUUCUUGAUUGAAGUUCUGCAAAUUUAUGAAGCCUGGGGAAGCAAUUUGAUCGAGAACCCAUGGAUAAAUCUCCGUCGGCUGCUCUUCCAGUUUCUGGAAUUCCUUGAGAACAUGGCUCAUUGGUUUGAAUCUCAAUGA